AUGACGCAACAGCGGCUUCGGCUACAGGAUGAGCCGGUUGCUUUCUCCGGAGUCGUCGCAGCCCGAGGACACCCGGAAGACACGCCCUCCGCACACGCAACGCUCAACCACCGGCUGCCGCGCCGCUUUCCCUCCCGACCAGAGUCCCGACCAGAGUCCCGACCAGAGUCCCGACCAGAGUCCCGACCAGAGUCCCGACCAGAGUCCCGACCAGAGUCCCGACCAGAGUCCCGACCAGAGUCCCGACCAGAGUCCCGACCAGAGUCCCGACCAGAGUCCCGACCAGAGUCCCGACCAGAGUCCCGACCAGAGUCCCGACCAGAGUCCCGACCAGAGUCCCGACCAGAGUCCCGACCAGAGUCCCGACCAGAGUCCCGACCAGAGUCCCGACCAGAGUCCCGACCAGAGUCCCGACCAGAGUCCCGACCAGAGUCCCGACCAGAGUCCCGACCAGAGUCCCGACCAGAGUCCCGACCAGAGUCCCGACCAGAGUCCCGACCAGAGUCCCGACCAGAGUCCCGACCAGAGUCCCGACCAGAGUCCCGACCAGAGUCCCGACCAGAGUCCCGACCAGAGUCCCGACCAGAGUCCCGACCAGAGUCCCGACCAGAGUCCCGACCAGAGUCCCGACCAGAGUCCCGACCAGAGUCCCGACCAGAGUCCCGACCAGAGUCCCGACCAGAGUCCCGACCAGAGUCCCGACCAGAGUCCCGACCAGAGUCCCGACCAGAGUCCCGACCAGAGUCCCGACCAGAGUCCCGACCAGAGUCCCGACCAGAGUCCCGACCAGAGUCCCGACCAGAGUCCCGACCAGAGUCCCGACCAGAGUCCCGACCAGAGUCCCGACCAGAGUCCCGACCAGAGUCCCGACCAGAGUCCCGACCAGAGUCCCGACCAGAGUCCCGACCAGAGUCCCGACCAGAGUCCCGACCAGAGUCCCGACCAGAGUCCCGACCAGAGUCCCGACCAGAGUCCCGACCAGAGUCCCGACCAGAGUCCCGACCAGAGUCCCGACCAGAGUCCCGACCAGAGUCCCGACCAGAGUCCCGACCAGAGUCCCGACCAGAGUCCCGACCAGAGUCCCGACCAGAGUCCCGACCAGAGUCCCGACCAGAGUCCCGACCAGAGUCCCGACCAGAGUCCCGACCAGAGUCCCGACCAGAGUCCCGACCAGAGUCCCGACCAGAGUCCCGACCAGAGUCCCGACCAGAGUCCCGACCAGAGUCCCGACCAGAGUCCCGACCAGAGUCCCGACCAGAGUCCCGACCAGAGUCCCGACCAGAGUCCCGACCAGAGUCCCGACCAGAGUCCCGACCAGAGUCCCGACCAGAGUCCCGACCAGAGUCCCGACCAGAGUCCCGACCAGAGUCCCGACCAGAGUCCCGACCAGAGUCCCGACCAGAGUCCCGACCAGAGUCCCGACCAGAGUCCCGACCAGAGUCCCGACCAGAGUCCCGACCAGAGUCCCGACCAGAGUCCCGACCAGAGUCCCGACCAGAGUCCCGACCAGAGUCCCGACCAGAGUCCCGACCAGAGUCCCGACCAGAGUCCCGACCAGAGUCCCGACCAGAGUCCCGACCAGAGUCCCGACCAGAGUCCCGACCAGAGUCCCGACCAGAGUCCCGACCAGAGUCCCGACCAGAGUCCCGACCAGAGUCCCGACCAGAGUCCCGACCAGAGUCCCGACCAGAGUCCCGACCAGAGUCCCGACCAGAGUCCCGACCAGAGUCCCGACCAGAGUCCCGACCAGAGUCCCGACCAGAGUCCCGACCAGAGUCCCGACCAGAGUCCCGACCAGAGUCCCGACCAGAGUCCCGACCAGAGUCCCGACCAGAGUCCCGACCAGAGUCCCGACCAGAGUCCCGACCAGAGUCCCGACCAGAGUCCCGACCAGAGUCCCGACCAGAGUCCCGACCAGAGUCCCGACCAGAGUCCCGAGCAGAGUCCCGAGCAGAGUCCCGAGCAGAGUCCCGAGCAGAGUCCCGAGCAGAGUCCCGAGCAGAGCAGACAGCCGACACGCGCCGCCUCACCAAUGGAGAUUACAUGAUAUUAAUUAUUGAUGUAGACUGGAAAUCUGAAGUUAAGCAUUAUAUGAAACGUAUUAUACCUGACAACCGAAGAACAAGCAAUUGUAGAUAUUUUAAAUGCUGUGUUACUGAAGGAGGUAACGAAUUAAGUGCACAUUUGGCGUGCAAGAAUAAAGGUACUAAAAACAACAGGCAGGAUAAGAUUUCAGAGUCUUCACCAAAAGAAGGUCAGAUUGUUGUAUAG